UAACAAACGUCAAAAGGAAGUAAGCAAACCUCCUUUUUGCUGUCGACAUUUGUAACGUGUUGAUCUCCGUUUAAAAACGUUAAAAAAUGGGUCGUAUGCACGCACCUGGGAAGGGUAUAGCCCAAUCGGCUCUACCUUACCGUCGUACAGUACCCACAUGGCUUAAACUCACCCCAGAGGAAGUUAAAGAGCACAUUUUUAAGUUAGGUAAAAAAGGUUUGACUCCAUCUCAAAUCGGUGUUAUCCUCAGGGAUUCUCAUGGUGUAGCCCAAGUUAGAUUUGUUACGGGGAAUAAGAUUCUUCGUAUCAUGAAGGCGAUGGGUUUAGCACCUGAUUUACCAGAAGAUUUAUAUUAUUUGAUUAAAAAAGCUGUUGCUAUUCGCAAACAUUUGGAACGUAACAGGAAGGAUAAGGAUAGCAAGUUCCGAUUGAUUUUGGUCGAGUCUCGUAUUCAUCGACUUGCCAGGUAUUACAAAACUAAAAGCGUUUUGGCCCCGAAUUGGAAAUAUGAAUCAAGCACAGCAUCGGCUUUGGUCGCUUAAGAUGUAAUUUUUUUUUUUUAAGAAUUGAUGGAAAAAUAAAAAGGGUUCAAAAAAAGAG